CUGACACACAGCAGUUGAAUUUGAACCGCCGUGGAAUAUAGACUUGUAACUAGAUUGCUCGCGUUGCGCUAGUGGGAGAUAUAGCAAAGCAGCCAUUAGUCAGUCAGUCAUCAUCAACGGUGGUGUGAGGUGAUCCCGGAUUGUUCUUUGCCUCUGUGUGUGAAAAUAAUAUAAAAAAGUGGGAAAAAAGUCGAGGCAGUUUUGUGCAUAAAGCAGCCGUUAGCUAGUCAGCACAGGAAGAGGAAAAACUAGUGUAGUUCUCGGUCUGUGACACCACAGAACAAAAAAAAGUACAAACGCGCAGCGGCAGUUCAAGUUCCGGAGGAAGCGGAAGCUUGGUCAUCUUUUUCGAACCGGAAAAAGCAACACAUUAGAUAAAACAAAAAUGGCCGAUCAACUUACAGAGGAACAAAUCGCCGAAUUCAAAGAAGCGUUCUCGCUCUUCGACAAGGACGGUGACGGCACAAUCACAACCAAGGAACUGGGAACCGUGAUGCGAUCGCUAGGUCAGAACCCCACCGAAGCAGAACUACAAGACAUGAUAAACGAAGUCGACGCAGACGGUAACGGUACGAUCGAUUUCCCCGAGUUUCUCACCAUGAUGGCUCGCAAAAUGAAGGACACCGACAGCGAAGAAGAGAUCCGGGAGGCGUUCCGAGUCUUCGACAAAGACGGCAACGGUUUCAUCUCGGCAGCUGAGCUGCGUCAUGUCAUGACCAAUCUCGGCGAGAAGCUAACGGACGAGGAAGUGGAUGAGAUGAUCCGUGAAGCCGACAUAGAUGGCGAUGGCCAAGUUAAUUAUGAAGAAUUCGUAACAAUGAUGACAUCGAAGUGAGCUACAGGUCGAAAAAUUGCGCCUUUCUAUUAUUUGUUUAUAAAGAAGACUGUAGCCACGCGCAACACCAGCUGCGCAACGCUAUUGAUAUGGAUUUAAAAAAACAAGAGAAAAAAGUAAAAGUAAAGAUUAACAUUAAAUUAAAUUAAACGAGAAAAAAAAACAAGAGAGAAAAAAAGGACAAAAAUAAUGCAAAAAAGUAAGGAAAAAAUAACUUAAAUUAAUUGUAACAACACAAUUUUAAAUAAGAAAAAUAAAAGGAGAAAGAAAAAAUACAUUAAUUAAAGUUAAUCGCUAUCCUUAAUCUAUUUGUGUAAAUUUUUGUAAAAAUACAAUAUAAAUAUAAAUUUAAAAGAAAGAGAGAAGGCAGGCAAAGGCAAACGUUUAGGCUCUACGGCGUGAGAACAGAGGAUAGAAUUGACAGGCACGGAGGCGGAUUCGCCAGCUAGCAGCGGUGUGAGAUGGGUUUAGCAGGGGAGGAGAGUCGAACGAAAACAUCAUCCGGGAGAGAGGAGAAUACAGCAGGCAGGAAGAGGAUAGCGUUUGGGUGUAGCGAGCGUGUCCUGUGGCAGGCAAUAGAGAGAACAGGUUGCCGUGCCAUGUGUUGGACACGACGUCGAACCGCGCAGCCAGCCGCCAAGGGUUUUCGUUUCUCGAAGCGUUUGUGCCGAAGCCCGCCGUCCCCCACACUCAAAGACAACAAUUCCAUCGGCGGUGUCGAACGAGCGAACUUUCUUUUCGGAAGUGAAAACGGUCGGUCAGAGACAGACAUGCAACAACUUCCGAGACCAUCCGUUUUAUUUUGUGUUUUAUUUGAAGAUGACAGAGAUAGCGAUAGAGAGCAUGAAGGGAUAGAAUCUUUUUUUAUUAGAACGAAAGAAUUAGAUUUUGAGAGAAAAUAUGAAACAUUUCCCACUUGUUAAUGCAGUAAAUGAAUUUUCGUAAAUUCGUUUGAAUGAAUUACAAUAGAAGCAAAUAUCCAGCUUGGCAUGCGCAGUUUUUAACAAACAAAACAGUAGUUGAGAGAACGAAGAAAUGAACACAUCCAACACUGAUCUGUAAUGUUAUACUUAAAGGAAAAUGAAUUGCUAUUUAUUAAAGCCGUAAUUUAUAGUCGUUCGAUCCAAGAAAAACUAUCAAAAAACAAA